UAAAGAACCACGCGGGGGAGAGAAGCAAUCCGGCCUCGCGCACUUAGUGUCACGUUAAAGUUAAACAUGUUACACUUUGGAAGCCGAAAUGUACGAGUCACGUCUGAACAGGCGCAGUUCAGACGUGACAACGCGGAUGGUUCAGGUCAAAGCAGCUUGUGAUGUAGAAAUGAAGAUUCAUGAAAAGAUUGUCACCUCUUUUGAAUCUUGCACCUCACAAGUGGACAAAGAAGGGUACCUCUUCAAGAAGGGUGAAAUAAAGACUUCCUAUCAGAAGCGCUGGUGUGUGCUGAAGGGGAACCUCCUCUUCUACAAGGACCGGCCGUCUGACCGGGAAGUGACGGGAGUGAUUGUUCUGGAGGGCUGCAUCGUCCAGCUGUGUGAGUCCGAGGAGCAGUUUGCCUUCUCGCUCGUGUGGAGCGACCCGGGACUGCGGACGUACAAGUUUGCUGCCGAGGACCAGGCCAGUCAGGAGAGCUGGAUCAAAGCCCUGCUGUCAGCCAACCACAGCUACCUGGCCCUGCUGGUGAUGGACCUGGAGAAGAAGUACAUAGAUGCCUUAGGGGAGUUCUCCAGUGAACCAGCCAACCCGUUCAGCAGGCCAACUUUCAGCACUCCGGAGGCGAGAUAUCCUGCAGCCCAGCAGAGCACAAAAUCUGCAACACUGCCUUCGAAUGCAGCAACCGAUGUCGGAGCAGGACCCAGUCUGAGCUCCACUCUGAUGCUACCCACGACCAUUUCGUCCAAGACAGCCAGUAAGAGAUCUCCCAAACUCUGGCCCAAGAGGAGCGCCAAUGUUGUGCCUGUUAACACUCCUGCUCCGCCUUUGGGGGAGUGGGCAGGGGUCUGUUUAGGCACCAAGGAGGAUUUUACUAAGUUGCAUGAAGAUUUUGGAAAAGAGGUGAAGGAACUGAUUGUUGAUUGGUCGAAGAGGGGACAAGCUGAUGCCGUUGUUCAGGAGGGAAACUUAAUAGAUUUUGGAUGAAAAGUGUGAAGUAAAACAAUGUCUGAACUUUAAUUUCAAUAACUGUAGUUGCAUUACAAAGCUACAGUAUUAUGUAUAUAUGAAUUGGAACUACAACAAAUAUUGUUGAGAUUCUUUUGUGUAUAUUUGUGUUUAGAGCAUACUGUUUGUUUUUUAAAUAUUAUGCCAUUCAUGAUCUCAUGCUCUAUUGAUCUUUGUUGCUUGAUCAUGAACAGUGAAGUGAUUUCUCCAAGUAAACUUUUUAGACACAAACAAAGACCCGCAACAUUCAUGUCUGGUUACCCAAAUGAAUCCACACCUGUCAGCCAAUCAGAAUAGAAAAUGCUCUGUGGCCAUGGUAUAAAGUUAUAUCAUUAUGUUUUCGGGUUAUCCAUAUGUACGUCUGUAUGAUAUCUCAGGAGCACCAGAGGGAGUUUCCUCAAAUAUGGACAAAAGUCUACUACUAAAGGGUGAACUUAUUAGCAUUUGAUGGUCAACGGUCACUGAAUUCACAUACCAACUAUGACGAUAUCACUCAAAAGGAUGCAAGGACAUUUUGGACAGACAUGGUUGUAAACUGCAACUUCCCUGUUUGGCAGAGACGAAGAACCCAUUAAUGGUAAUUCUAGUUUGAUACUAGCUGACUAGUAUGAAUACCUAAGUGAUACUUUUAAAGACAUAUUGCCAUGUCUCUCUACAAAAGUUUUGUUUUCAUAUACAAAUUGUUGAAUGCUGUCCAAACGCAAUCAGCUGUACAAUAAGUUUGCCAAAUCAUGAUUUUAAACAAUGGCCAAACUGAUCAGAUAAUAAACAGGAUAACGAGAUGUUUGAUGCCA